AUGAGGUUUAAGGAUGCCGGGCAUAUGGCCCUGGUGGCCCUCCACGUUCUACCACUUGCCGGCCAUGUCUACGCGCUUGACCUGAACGUUGACAGUCAGGAAUCGAUCAAAGAUGCCGGGAAAACCGCCGCCUACAACAUGAUGACUUGGUACACACAAAAUGGGACCGACAACCCGGGUUUUAUUUCAAGAUCCUGGUGGACAGGAGCUGCUUUGUUUCUGGCAUGUCUUAAUUAUUGGCAUGCUACUAACGACACAACCUAUAACGAGGAAGUCAGCAUCGGGUUGCAGCACCAGGGAGGUGCUGACGGAGACUACAUGCCUUCGUGGGCGAUAGGCAUCGGAAAUGAUGAUCAAAUGUUCUGGGGUCUCGCAGCAAUCACAGCAGCAGAAUACAAUUUCCCGAAUCGUCCAAGUGGUGAUACCUGGCUCACCCUCGCAGAGGGUGUUUUCAAUAACCAGAUAAGCCCACAGGGGAAUGGGUGGGAGACGAGUAUUUGCGGAGGUGGCCUUCGCUGGCAGAAACAAGUGUGGCAACCUGGUUAUACCUUGAAGAACGCAGUGUCAAACGGAGGCUUUUUUAUGCUCGCAGCACGUCUCGCUUGGUAUACCCAAGAUGACGUGUACUCUACGUGGGCUGAAAAAGUCUGGAACUGGUCUACUAAGGUCGAUAUGGUCAAUACUACAACCUGGGCUGUGGCAGAUAGUGUCAGUGCGGGUACUGGGGGGCCCGAUGGCUGCAGCCUUCCUGAUAAUAGCCGGUGGACUUACAACUACGGUACCUACCUAUCUGGUGCUGCUUAUAUGUAUGCCUAUACGAAUGAUAGUAAGUGGCUAAACAUCACGAACAGCCUGAUGGAGUCAUUAUUUACUACAUUCUUCCUACCUGAACACGGAGGUGUGAUCACAGACUGGCAGUGCGAAAAUUCGGACCGAUGCUAUAUAGACGCGAAUGAUCCACUUUUCAAAGGCCUCACGGUCUCGUGGCUUGCAGAUGUUGCAUUGAUCAUCCCUCCCCUAGAGGAGAAGAUCCUACCAAAACUCCAAGUCUCUGCCCAGGGUGCUGCAAAUUCAUGCACCGGCGGUGGCCAAGACCUCUGUGGUAACCGCUGGUACGGCGGGUAUGAUGGACAAAAUUCAAUGGAGAAUGCAAUCAGUGGCAGUCAGAUGAUGAGUGCUGUUAUGUUGAAAUUUCUCGGCUCAUACUCAAAACCAGUCUCGACAGCAACAGGAGGAAACGCCUCAAGCGACCCAAAUGCUGGUACUAAGCAAGGUUCGCAAAGUUCGGAAUCUACAGUGUUCCCCCCUAUCACAACGGCAGAUAGAGCUGGAGCUGGAAUCCUGACAGUGGUUCUCGUGGCUGGUGCGGUAGGGGGGUCGAUCUUUUUGUUUAGUGACACCUAA